ACGCAUGGCGGCUAUGGCUUCUUCGAGCUCCCCGGUAAUUCUAUCAAUUUUAUUCACUUGCUUAACCUUUUCGCCGCCGGUGGUUUCCGUUUCCGUUCAAGUUCAGUUCUACAAAUGCAUUUCUUUAUAUUCCGAUACCUCCAUUCCAUUCUCCACCGCUUUCUUCUCCCCUACUACAAAUGCUUCUUCGUUCAAUUCCGUUCUCCAAUCCACCGCCCAAAAUCUCCGCUUCCUGGAGCCCUCCGCGCCCAAGCCGCUGCUCAUCUUCACCCCGCUCAUUGAAUCCCACGUUCAGGCGGCCGUCAUUUGCGCUAAAGAAGCCGGAAUUCAGCUCAGAGUCCGCAGCGGCGGCCAUGACUACGAAGGGAUUUCCUACACCUCGGACAUGGAAUCUCCGGCGCCGUUUGUCGUGAUUGAUUUGGCGAAGCUCCGGGGAAUUAAGGUUGAUGUUGAGGGUAACAGUGCUUGGGUCCAGGCUGGGGCUACGAAUGGAGAAGUUUAUUACAGAAUUGCGGAAAAAAGUAAGAUUCUUGGUUUUCCGGCGGGGUUUUGCACCAGCUUGGGAAUCGGAGGGCACAUUACUGGAGGCGCGUAUGGUCCGUUGGUGAGAAAGUACGGUCUCGGAGUGGACAACGUUGUCGAUGCGCGUAUUGUUGACGCGACGGGGAGGGUUCUAGACAGAGCCGCAAUGGGGGAAGACUUGUUCUGGGCAAUCAGCGGCGGCGGCGGCGGAAGCUUCGGAAUUCUACUCGCCUGGAAAAUCAACCUCGUACCAGUUCCAUCCACGGUGACGGUUUUCAACGUCCCGAGGACAUUAGAGCAAAACGGAACCAAAAUAUUCUAUAAAUGGCAGAAAAUCGCCGAUAAGCUCGACGAGGAUCUUUUCAUCGAAGUCACCUUCACGGCCGUGAAUUCAACCUCAAUCAAUUACAAAAGAACCGUACAAACGGAAUACAAAGCCCUGUUUCUCGGACAAACCGACAGGCUACUAAAAAUCAUGAAUCAUAGCUUCCCCGAACUACGAUUGACCAAAAAAGACUGCUCCGAAAUGAGCUGGAUAGAGUCCGUGAUUUACCUGACCGGAAACCCAAGAACCACGCCGCCGGAGUUUCUCAUCCAAGGGAAACUACAAUUCCAGAAGACAAAUUUCAAGGCCAAAUCAGAUUUCCUGAGAAAGCCCAUUCCAAAGAGCGGUCUCAAGGGGCUCUGGAAAAUCUUCCUGGAGGAUGACUCGCCGCUGAUGAUCCUGAAUCCCUACGGAGGAAUGAUGGGGAAGAUUCCGGAAUCCGCCACCCCAUUCCCUCAUCGGAAAGGGGUGAUAUGCAAAAUCCAGUACCUGACGAGCUGGGAAAUAGAGGGGGAGGAGAAGAAACACUUGGAUUGGAUAAGGCGGCUGUAUAAUUACAUGGGCACUUUUGUUUCCAAGUCCCCGAGAGAAGCUUAUGUGAAUUACAGGGAUCUAGACCUCGGAAUGAACAACAAUGGCGGAAACACUAGCUUCUCAGAGGCUAGUGUUUGGGGUAAAAAGUAUUUCAAGAAAAAUUUUGAGAGGCUUGUUGUUGUGAAGACGAGGGUUGACCCUGAUAACUUCUUCUGGCAUGAACAGAGCAUCCCUGUUGUUCCAUCAAAGUAAAACCUUGUUGGAUUGAAGCUUAUAAUUGCA